AGGGAGCAGGCCAGGGCCUCCUCGCAAGGUCGAAGAGGCGUUGAAUGCACAGCAUGCGUUUCUCCGGAAGGUCUGGCGAGGGGUCCGCGGGCAACUCUACCUCGUGGUGGCCUCUGGCCGCCAGCGGCACCAACCUGAGCAGAGAGCCUGAGGCUCUCGAGGAAAGUGGCGGUCAGGAAGGGGACGUGCGGGACGAGGAGCUAGCCAAGGUGGAGAUCGCUGUGCUGGCCGUGACUUUCGUGGUGGCAGUGCUGGGCAACAGCAGCGUGCUACUGGCGCUGCACCGCACUCCGCGCAAAACGUCCCGCAUGCACCUCUUCAUCCGCCACCUCAGCCUCGCGGACCUGGCCGUCGCCUUCUUCCAGGUGCUGCCGCAGCUGUGCUGGGACAUCACCUACCGCUUCCGCGGCCCCGAUGGGCUGUGCCGCGUAGUGAAGCAUCUGCAGGUGUUAGGCAUGUUCGCGUCGGCCUACAUGCUAGUGGUCAUGACCGCAGACCGCUACAUCGCCGUGUGCCACCCGCUCAAGACGCUGCAGCAGCCGGCGCGCCGCUCGCGCCUCAUGAUCGCGGCCGCCUGGGUGCUGAGCUUCGUGCUGAGUACGCCGCAGUACUUUAUUUUCUCCAAGAUUGAGGUGAACAAUGUCACCAAAGCCUACGACUGCUGGGCCACCUUCAUCCAGCCCUGGGGGCCCCGCGCCUAUGUGACCUGGAUGACGGGCGGCAUCUUCGUGGCGCCCGUGAUCAUCCUGGGCACCUGCUACGGCUGCAUCUGCUACCAUAUCUGGCGCAACGUCCGCAGGAAGACCGCGUCGCACAAGGACAAGGGCCCCGAGGACGCUGGUAGCGCCUUCCACAAGGGGCUCCUGCUCACGCCCUGUGUCAACAGCGUGAAGACCAUUUCCCGCGCCAAGAUUCGCACGGUAAAGAUGACUUUCGUGAUCGUGACGGCUUACAUCAUCUGCUGGGCGCCCUUCUUCAUCAUCCAGAUGUGGUCCGUCUGGGAUGAGAAGUCCGCCUGGGUCGAUUCGGAAAACCCUGCCAUCACUAUCACUGCAUUACUGGCUUCCUUGAAUAGUUGCUGCAAUCCCUGGAUAUACAUGUUUUUUAGCGGAAAUCUUUUGCAAGACUGUAUCCAAAGCUUCCCGUGCUGCCGAAACGUGAAGCAAAAAUUCAACAAGGACGAUUCUGACAGCACAGGUAGAAGACCCACUUCAUACACGAACAACCGAAGUCCAACAAACAGUACGGGUAUCUGGAAGGACUCGCCUAAAUCUUCCAAGUGCAUCAAAUUCAUUCCUGUUUCAACCUGAGCUCCUUAUUUAUGCAGACAGACUCUUGAAACAGACUUUUUGGCCCA